AUGGCAAAAAACAAGAGGAAAAGAAAACUCAAAGAGCAGGACUUUCAAAAAGUGAAGCUGAAAGUUGGAAAGAAACUGCAACCUGCACAGAAUGCCACAGACACUUCGUUCAAGUCGAGAUCGAUAUUCAUUCCAACUCAACUUCAGAAAGACUUGGAGCCUACAAAUCAAAGAAAUCAAACCCUCAAGGUAAAAUGGAGCUUAAGUGUAUCGGCAAGUCAAAAAAAGUUAAAGAAAGUGAGACCUACUGGGUGCGCAAUUAUUGUAAUGUUGUGCCGCAUAGCACUGUGAAACGAAGAUUUCUCUUCUUACCUUGUUAAGGUCCCCUAAUUCCCUUCACAAAGACUAUAAACACUCAUUGGAGUUUAUAACUCAUUUUUAGCCUCUGCUAGUGUUCACAGUUGAGGGGAAGGGGAGUGUACUCCUUGGCAGGGUUUUCAUUAGGAAUUAAUUCCAGUAGCGGGAGAAAGGUGUAACAUUACAAGAGAAUAUUUUGAAAGAGGCUCCAUAUCUGAAUAAAAAUGAGCCAUAAUCAGCCAAACAUUUGCCAGAGAAUUCUGCAUACUUAAUGGGGACUCCACGACCUAAUGAACACCCUGCCUUGGAAUUCCUUGUAUAGUUUUGCUGCCCAGCUCCCGAAACCCUGACCAUAUGUCAGGCCAAACUGUGCAAUUUUCCACAUCCAUUUUUAGAUGUAGCAGAUGUAUAAUGCAGAAUGGUAGAUAUAGAAUAGAUAUAGAUAUCAAAUUUUCAAGUAGACCGAUUGCUGCCAUCUGUUCACUGCAAUAAUGUUAUUUCAUUUGUAAAGCACAAGUCUGCUCAAGGCAGAUUUUAAUCAUCUGGCCCUGGUUGUUCAAACGUCGGAUAGUGCUAUCCACCGGAUAAAUCACUAUCCAGCAGGUAAGUAUUGGGGAAACCACUUGCACUAUCCACUGGAUAGAGAUUUAUCCGGUGGAUAGCGCUAUCCAGCCUUUGAACAACCAAGGCCUGCAAAAUGGUAAUCUUUAUUCUUGACUUUGACACUAAUAAAGACCAAAGACUCUUAUAGGAGUUUUUGGACACCAUUGUGGACCAGGUUUUGUCAAACAUUGUCCAACAACAGACUGUAGACAGGCCACAUAAGCUAUGACAUGCUGCUGAAGAACAAAAAUUGUAUUUUUUUCAUAGGACUUGCUUGCACAAGUUGGUCAUUACAGUGCGACAACAAGACAGGAAGCACUUGUUGGUCUGAAAGAUCUCUUUCAGUGUCAUGAGUAUCUCCUUGAAGAUAAUCUGGGAAUUAUUAUUAAACGGGUUGCAGAGAGAAUGACAGACAAUGAACCAUCUGUAAGACAGUCACUUCUUCUGUUGCUCUGCUUUAUAUUCCCAAUGGUACCACAAGAAAGAAUGGCCCCAUUUUCCUCACUUAUCAUAGCUCAUUUGAGCUGUGCCAUGACCCAUAUUUAUGAUGACAUCCAGCAUGAUUCACUGGGUUUUCUGGAGCUAUGCCUCCGAUACUUUCCAAAUUUCAUGGUGACAAGUUCAGUGCAGUUAAUUCACAACUUCGUCGGUAUGAUUUCACAUCAAAGUUCCCCUGGGGGGAAGAAGUCGAAAGGAUUGCAACUUGCAGGUGGAAAAGGACUCUCUGUGAAUCCAAAAGGGAAGCUUUCUUCUCUUAGGUCACGCUUGAAAGUGUUGCAGCAGUUACUUGCAUUCUUAAAAGCUCUGGAAUUAUCAUCAAAUCCUUGUCAAGAAAAUAGCACCUUUUGUUCCAAGAAAAAUGGCUUGUCUACUAGAAAACCUAUUUUUUAUUUCAGUAGAACCCAACCAACACAAGUUCAAAUAUUACAACAUUCUGUUGAUGAGCCCAAAUGUCUACCAUUUCAUCUGGAUGACAGUUCAACAUUAAGUCAAUCACCAACGGGGAUUGACGGUAAAUCCAAUAUCUUGACUGAUGAAGAACAAGCAAAGGACUUUAUGGAGAUAAUUGUACCCUUGUUAUUGGAGUGUUGGAUCGAGUGCAAUCCCGCUGAAAUGACAACUGGCCUACAAGACAGCGUGUCUUCAUCAGCCAUUGAUGUGAUGCUGGCCAUAGUGGAAAUUCUCAAAGUUGUCUUGAAAGCAUCACAGAACAAUCAAUGGAAGAUUUGCAGAAUUUCUGAGCACAAAUCAGUUGUCAUUUGCUGGUAUGAUAAAUAUCUGAAAGAUCUCAAUCACCAUUUUAUGACCUACUUUCCAUUUACAGCAAAUCCGACACCGUCAUUCAAGAAAGGAAAGAGAAAACUUGGAAAGUCAUCUCAGCAAGUUGAAGGUGAAAACCACAGUGCAUCAGUUUUGACCUUGAACCUUAUCAUUUGUGAGAUUAUGCUGCAGUUUUUGAGCAAUGGUGUCGCUUCACAGAAGAAACUCCAACUGUCAGUCAAGAAGUUGGAGGAGUUUGUUAUUGAAUCCUUGCAGUUGAAGGCCCUAGGAGGUGACAAGGCACAGUUGCUUCAGACAGAGCAUGUUGAGAGUCUUGUCAAAUUUGCAGAGAAGAUUAUUACCCAUCGCUGCUCCAGUGAUCAAAAAGGUAAUUCAUGCAGACAGUGGGGAUUGGAAGAAACACACUGAAUCAAUACCAUGAUCCUCCAGAAAAAUUUAAGUAGAAGGAGGAAAACAUUAAGUAGGAAUUGGGGGGGACGGGGCUCAUAUGAGUGCAACACCACGAUUGCUUCCAGACUACCCUGCUUUUAAGUAUUCCAUCUGACUUUUGUAGUCUCACUUCUUGCAUUGUGCUUAAAUUUUAGACAGAAUUAGAUAGAUGACUAUGACUGGGUAGAUGACUGCAGGGAAGGCAGGGAGUUGAAAAACGUUUGGUUUGUUGUUGUUGUUGUUGUUGUUUUUCUGUUAAAGCAGGCAGGUUUCAUGCUUAUAAUAUAGUUGCCAGAGAUUAUCUCCAGCCACUUGCCUUAAGUGACAGGCUAUCUAGUUCAUGAAACACUUGCCACUUGAACUUUUCUGGUUUCUUAAGUGCCCAAAAUCAACCAACAUGUUCAAGGAAAAAUCAACUUAAAAGUAUUGUUGCAAAGUUUUCACUUAAAUGGUGACAUCACAGAUUUUUUUCACAAGCUCAAAAGUUACAGCUACAUCACAUUUCUAAUGUAAUCAACUCUAUGUGGAAAAUCAAAGGUAAUAGAUCAGUCACAUUAAAGUGCCCCUGACCCUUCAAUUUGUUUUCUUUUGGUAGAUUUCCAUAUCCUUUAAGAAUUCAUUUUCGAAAAAAAUUUUCAGAAAUAUUGAAUCCUUUUUUUUAUGAGCACUAAAAGUGAAGGCAGUCUUGUCGAUAUUUUCACCUAUCGUUCACAUUAGUCCCCCACUUGGCCAAAUGUGUCCAAAUAUGGGGCGUGAUGUAAGAAAAGGACAUUGUGCAAAAAUAUGCGAAGAUUUGCGGUAAUGCUUUAUUGUUAAACAGAGAAAAUGGUUGAAAAAUGUGUGGUUUUUGGAUGCAGCAACUCUCGAAAUAAAGAGAAAGGAAUCAGCAUGCAUACGAUUCCUUCUGAUCUUCGAUCGCACUAUACUUUCAAUGCUUUGUGCUUUGGAGUGGCGUCCUUUUCUUACGUCACAGCUAAAAAAAAAUAUGGUCGAUUAUCGGACCCUUCUCACUGGCUCUUUCCUAAUGAGUCCACGAGACAAAAAUUUUUCCAGCCGGGCUUAAGGUAUCAUCCAGGGUAAAAACCCAUCAUUUUUCGAAAUUUUCAAUUUUUAGAUGAUUAAGUAGAGCUCAUCAAGAGCUUUCUUUUAAAAAAAAUUCCAGAAAAAAAUGUUUUUUCUGUCCAGACUUAUGGAGCGCAAAAUUUUUUUCUAUGCUAAUUGUUUUAAUUGAUCGUUGACAAGUCCUGUCAUACUUGAUAUGCAUGCCGCUGUUGAACCAAGCUAAUCACGCAAUUUGACAGAAAUCGUGGUCUACAAGUAUAGUGCUCACUGUUUUUCCCUGGAAUUUGGAAGUGAAUGCCUCCAAAGAAGAAAAAAGAGCUUGUCCGUUUUCGUCCUUGACUCCAAGACGAAAGAAGACGACAAAAUCGUUUUGCAAAGUGUGGGUUUCGAAAUUAGCAGAGAGUGACAAGGGCUCCUACUACAAUCAAGAAAAAUGGCUAAAAGAUGACAAAGCUUCUGAAAAACCCAUUGAAACUACCGCGAAAUUGAGUUUCACGAGUUUUCUCGAAAUGAAAAUCAGAGCAAGUUGAGGGUACGUUUUAAACUCCAAGUCGGCAACCCGUGAACCAAUUUGGCUGAAAUUUGGCCAACUUACUGUCAGAUAGUUUUUCUAAAAAACCGUGUCUGCGAAUUUUUUUUUUUUUCGUUUUCGAGUAAGAGUAUUUUUUUCACAGGUAGUGCUAAUGAUUUGCUACCCCUAACUUCAACUGCUUAUAACAAAAGAACAAAACCACUUGACAAAAAUCUGAGACGCGGUUUUUCAGUCAAACGUGUUAAGAAGCGAAUGCGAUCUUAAUUGGCUUCUUCCGUUUAUUUUUGGCUGGCCUGGACUUAAAUUUACAGCGACACCCACUUUCACAAAAAGCUUCUCAUUUCUGAAUCGCGUUAAUAUUUUGAUUUUUUAAAAGGAAUAAGCAAUAAUCUGGAACUAUUAAGCUUUCAGAAAAUGUACGGUUUAUGGGGGUAUUUAUUAAAAGCAAAAGCGCUAGCGCCGAUCAACGCAGGGAGGGUGCUUGAGGGUGGAUGAUACCUUAAAGUGCGCAAAAAUUUAAAAAAUUUCAGUAACUUUUAGCGUUCGUGAAAAAAAAGGAUUCAAUAUUUCUGAAAAAAAAUUUUCGAAAAUGAGUUCUUGACAGAUAUGGAAAUCUACCAAAAGAAAAACAAUCAAAGGGUUAGGGGCACUUUAAACAGUAACUUGUGUCUCCUCGCAUUUGAAAAUUAAUUAAUCAUCCUUACAAUAUUUAUAGUACUUGCAUACAUUAUUGGAAAGUAAGUGAGGGGUCAAAAGAGGCCAUUUUAUAAUGUAUAAAACUCUGCAGACGUUUAAUGUUUAGGUGUAUUUUCCCAUCUUAUUUUCCUUUCAGAACAUGACUGUGGCAUUGUCAAGGAAUUACUUGAUGCAAGUUUUGUCUUGUACCAAUCAAGCCAUAUCAUGUCUGGGACCAAGCAGGUGCUGAUGAUGUUUUUUGCUAACCUUGCAUUCUCUGAGAACCUCAGUUUGUCAAGGUAAACUUGGGAGCACUUUCACUUCUAAUAGCAGCAGAAGAAAAUUUAUUUCUUUUGUAAAAUCCUAAAAAGUUAACAUUGCUCUGCAAAUUGGCUGCAAUAAGGGUUUCAUUUGAAUGGUUAACCCUUUAAGCCCCAAUAUCCACAUACAAAUUCUCCAAACUGAUCUUCAUACAUCUCCUUUAAGAAUUAGUUGAGAGAAUUUGAUAAAAGAUCAUGGAAGUUUCUCUAUGAUGAUCAUUUUAUUAACUCUCAUAACUUUAUCUCUGGACAGUGUAUGGAUAUUGUUAGGAGAAAAUUGUUGUUGGUCACUAUUGACACUUAAAGGGUUAAACACCACAGGAUUCACUAAGUUAAUUAUAAAAGAUGACAAAUGAAAAUAACUUUGUCAUGAUGUUGUCUAUAAGUAAAAGGUUAAAAAGUGUCAAGACUAAUCUUACUUUGCUAAAUGCGAGAAAACAUCUCCCUUUGUACCAACACUUCUAUACUACAGAUGCCUCCCUGUUACAGGUGAGAAUCAGAAAGAGAAAAGUCCAAGUAAGGCUUAAAUUUGACUGAUGAUUCUCUUACAACAGGAAUAAGGCGCUGCAUGAAUUGAUUCAGAGAUGGCUUGAUGGUUUGCCAAGUUUGUUAGUGCAGCUUAAAAACAACAGUCCUUCCCUCACUGAACUUAUUCUUGGCAUCCUGAAGAAAGCUCUGAUGCAAAAACGUUUGAUCCCGGAGAGCAACUUUUUUCAAUAUUUGGCUACAUUUUUCUGUAAGUAGUGUUACACUCUAAGCUUUAUUUAACCUAAAAAUUUGUGACACAGUUAUCCAACUAAAACGGCAUGUCUGUGUUGUGUUUCAGUUUUAUUUGUGGGUCAAAUGUUAUUAAAUAUUUUUGCUUAGUUCAAGCUAAUUUACAGACAUUAACACACCCAAACUGAAUAAAAAGGAGAAUAAUAAAUAAUUAAUAUGAAACAAAGAUAAUUGAACCAUAACAUUGACAUGUACAUGUAUCUUCAAGGGAAAGCUGUGGUUCCCCCUCUCCCCCUCCCACCCUUACCCAACUUAUCAAAAAAUCUUACAUCGUUUAAACUCAUCGCUAAUAAUGAGCUUGGGAACUGGUGCCUUAAAGGUUAGUGGGGGGCCAAAUGCAAUAAGCAGAGAGGAGGUAUCCAUGGCAACCCUGGAAGCGGGAACCACCCCAGGAGCAGCCACUAACCGGCACCGUCACACUGAAUAAAUUCAGUGGAGAUAUUUACCUAAGAGAAUACUUACCUGAGAAAAUACUUACCAAACCACCAGGCAGGGAGGGAGGAGAGGGAGCAAGAAUCCGCAAUGAUUUGCAAGAAGGCAAACAUUGAUCCGCGACUAUCAGCAAGAAUCCGCACUGAUUUGCAAGAAGGCUAAGAAAUGAUCCGCUACAAUCAGCAAGCAAAGCUACAAUGCAAAGCAACACUAGCAAAAGGGCACACAAGGAGCCCUGCAAUUCCCCGCGGGCUGCCCCGUAGGUCACAUACUGAAGUGGGAGAAGACUGCUGGCCAACUCGCUCGAGUUUAACUUUGCCUAAAUGAUAUUUAGCCACAUUUAAACUCAUCGCUAAUAAUGAGCUUGGGAACUGGUGCCUUAAAGGUUAGUGGGGGGCCAAAUGCAAUAAGCAGAGAGGAGGUAUCCAUGGCAACCCUGGAAGCGGGAACCACCCAAAGAAACCCGUCUCCAGGUGCUUGGAGAACGGAGGGACCCGUCAACAGGGUGACUUGGUACCUCCGAUCACCCAAACAAAUCCCCAAGCACCAAACAACUCCCACAGCUGCGCAAAUUACGAAGGCACUAACCUACAAUUUUGUAGCUGAUCCGCAAGCUGAAAUAGGCAAAAAAUCCUGAACCAGGACAGAUGGCUGCCAAGCAAGCUACCCCGGGAAGCAGUGAGGAUUGUGCAGUGACGGGAUUCUGCAUGGAACUGUGGAACGCGCUGAAGCUAGUUUUUGUGACAAUGCAGCUAGCGAGUCAGCUAGUGAUGUCAUUGUAAGCAGGCUGCGCCGCUGCAAUUUUGCUUCUGUAAUAAAUCUUUGUUUCUUUUGGUUGGGUAUCCAAGGUUGCCUAGCAACAAUGUGGCGACUACGCUCCACAAAUCUAGCUGAUCCGCCAGCUGAAAUAGGCAAAAGGUCCUGAACCAGGACAGAUGGCUGCCAAGAAAGCUACCCCGGGAAGCAGUGAGGACUGUGCCGUGAAGGGAUUCUGCAUGGAACUGUGGAACAUGAAGCUAGUUUUUGCGAGAGUGCAGCUAACGAGUCAGCCAGUGUCCUAAUACAAGGCUGAUAAGCGUUGUUGGGCCAAUGGCCCAUUGAUUCAGAAUCCCACUGCGAGCAGCGACAGAGGCAGCUCCAAUAGGAAAGCUAGGGGAGAAGGAAUUGCCCGGUAUCUGAGCUGAAGUUAUGAUCUGCCUAAGCCAAUCUGUAAGAAUAGUGCGAGUGAGAGGCUGCCAUUCGCAAACAAAAACAAGGGGCCAGACGAAUACCCCCUAGAAGCAGGGAAUAUCAUCAUAGCGUGCACUGCAUAGAGAGGAUGCUUGUCAAGGCCAAUGUGAAUGAAAAGAGCCUUUCCGGGACGGGUCUGUCUUGGAGCCCUUGAUUCGUAUGUGCAAGGAUGAUGCGGCCGAUAAAGAAUCCACUGCAAAGUCCGGGACACUCAAGUGGAGGGAUGACGAGUAGCUAGAUAGGUUAGGUACCAUGAACUCAGACGCACGCAGGAAGCCUAAGUACCCCAGAAACGAGCUGCCCAGAACAUCUGAUGAUCUGGAGGGCCGAGAUCCAAAGACUGCGAGGUAACUAGCAUCAAUUAAUCUCAUCCCUUAUAAGCAGCUGCAUGGACGAAGGAGUACCCUGACAGCACUUGAUGCCAUGAAUGUCCCUUUGCAGGCGGAGACAAUUUGCAAGCAGAUGCGAGCACCCCUGAUCCAUGUGGGGAGCUCUAAAGCCUGAUACAUUAACCUUAAUCAACAAAUGCUGGAGAGUCCUGACCAGAAACACAACAAUUAGACAAGGCAUCCAUUCGUCCAUUAAGCAUGGAGACCUUGAUGGGUGCAAGUUGCCAAGCUGUCAGCAGAAGGAAAUGAAUUUCGCUUGGGCUGACGCAUAGGAAUGCCGAAUCAAGGGAGCCAGGCCAUGAGUACGAAAGGAGUAGCACUGCUGUUCUAAAUCAGGGAAGUCAAGUCGGUAAGCAGGACGAGAACUCCGCAUCGAAGCUGGACAAAGGCUGAGUAUUUGGAGCCAGCUGCCUGGAUUCCUGCCAACGACAAUGAGAGCCAGCAUCAGCACUCUGAUUCAUAACACCUUGCACAUGUUGGGAGAAGCUAUGAUGUACCACUGCGAGCAGCAAAAUGCGAAGCAACCGCAUUAAGCAGGGAACUUUAGAAGUCCUAGCAUUCGAGAUGUGGACGACAGCAUCGUGGUCAGAGCGAAAGAGUCAUGCUUUCAGCCCCAGUGGUGGCACCAAAAAAUGUGGGAAGCAAUUUCUGGCAGGAACAGCUCCUUAUAAGCGAUAGAUUGCUGCUGCUGAGCAGGAACCUGGGACCCAGAAGCCCUUUAGGAACAUUCAAUAGCCCAGUGAUCCAGCUUCAUCCAAAGGAACUGCCACAUCAGCUUUAGGGAGCAAGCCUGGAAGGAGCCAAAAACCAACCCCAUUCCACUGUGACAAGAACUGAUGCUACCAAAGCAAGUCCAGAUGACACUCUCUGUUGAGGCUAAUCAGGUGAUCCUUCUUGUGGAAGCAGCACAAAAGGUCGAUCAUGCAAUGUAGGAAGGCUCUUCCUGGCCACACCACAUUGGCAGCAUAAUGUAGAUGGCCAAAGAGGGACUCCAGUUUGCGUCUGUUGCACCACCUAUGCGGAAGCCAUGAGCUUAUCAGGCUCUGCAAGACCGAUAGUUUGUCUGCUGGCAAGCGGGCAGCUUGAUUGAUAAAAUCAAAUUCAAUUCCCAAUACUACAAGCACCGUUGCAGGGCCCUCACAGUUCUCAAAUGGAGAGCUAGGCCUGGCCAUUUGCAAACUGCUAGCGCGGUACUCAUGUUGUGCACACAGUGUGGGGAGGGGGAGACAGCGGUCACGAAGUCAUUCAGAGUAAAGCAAGACACAAAGCGCCUUUCGCGAAAGAGAAUUGAUAAUUUAGUCAUGUGAUGUCGCCCGGAACACUCGAGGAUCGUAAGCAGAGUCAUUUGGCUUUGGUCAUAACUCUUUCUUUCUAUUGGUUUGGUAUCCGCACUUGCCUAGCAACAGUCAUGACAGCGUCCCAAUUGAGCUCAGCAGCGUGAUGUCAUUGUCAGCAGGCUGCACCGCUGCAAUUUUGCUUCUGUCAUAAAUCUUUCUUUCUUUUGGUUUGGUAUCCAAGAUUGCCUAGCAACGAUGUGGCAACUACGUUCCAACUGACUGAUUUUUUGGCCCGUUUUGGCCGUCAAGAAAUAAUUUUGGCUAGAAACAUUGACUGCAGAAGUACUUUCCAGAAUACAUUGAAGCAAUUUGGGCCAGUAGCUUCAAAAUAAGAGCGAAAAUCGAGAUACAAGGGCAUUUUUCAGUGCAUCUCACUUCGCAGACGAGUUUGUGUAUGUCGCGCGAUAUGGUUCUCCAGAGUGUUUUGUUCAGUUUGGCUUUUUACCGUCGAAACCUUUUUCGUUUUUUUUUUGAAAUCUAGUUUGGAAUUCAAUUCACACCGUGGCCCACCCAAGUGUAUUGGUGUCCUGGUUUCCUCGCCGAUAGAUCAAAGUUUCUGCUCUGUACUGCGGCAAAGGAACAAUAAUUGCAAGCGAAUUGUACUGUUGUGGUGGUUGCAGUUGUUGUUGUUUUUUUUUUUUUCAUAUUGCCGCCGACAUAAUGCUAAAUAUGCUUCCUAAUACACUUUUUAAAAACACCAUACAAAUUGUAAAACAGCAGAAAAAUGAGAGAAAGAACAAAGCAAGGACCUUCACGAUGAUGUUGGCAGUGGGUCGCCCAACCAGUUCCUAGCCUCGCCCGACAGGGCUUAACUUGAAGGGAAGCUACUAAAACAUCGAGUUUCGCGAGGGUUAUUGCGAGAUACGCAUUUAUUAUCUAAAUAAUGAUGCAAUGCACUUGAGUUAAAAAGCAAGGGGUAGAACGCUUGGACAUGAAAAGCUUACCAGUCUCAAAUUUGUUGCGGCUGCAUGCUUGCUAGAGGCCCGAUCGUACGCUAACCACACGCGGCCGGUGAACGAAAAAUGACGUCAACACGAGACAAUACACUAAAAGGCCUCCAGCCAACCGCCAAUAUCGUUCAUACGCCGUUUUGGCUUUUUAGACGCUCGGGGGGAAGGAACAACGGGCGAUACCGGCGGCGAAAAAGUUGACACAAAGAAGGGACAACAAAGUUUGGCCUACCUUGCAAUUGGUUAACCGAUCCGAUGCUGGUAGCAGAAAUUGGUGGGAAACCAAGACUAGACGCAGCCAGAUCCAAAGCUUGAGAAUGCAAACGAACGUCGUGGGAACGCCCCCAGCCACGCUUGAGGCUACCGGAACGCUUAUUGUAGAUGUAGUUUGUUCGGCUGAGAGCGCUGAUUUAACGGCAGCGACCACGGAGGCGCGGCCAAAAAGGCAAAGGACGGCACGUCCGGAACGCUAGUCAGAUGCGAUGGGCUCCCAAACAUCGUUCGCAGAAGAAGGAGGAACUUCUGGGAUGGCACCCGUUGUCAAAGUGGGCAGUCGUGAAUCCAGCGGCAAAAAACCGGCCGCAAGGCUGUUGUUUGUGUUACGUAGAGACAUGCGGCGAGUAGAAAACGGUGUGUAACGGCGAAGACGGCAAGAAUCCACAAUGAUUCGCAAGUAGGCAAACAUUGAUCCGCUACGAUCAGCAAGAAUCCGCAAUGAUUCGCAAGUAGGCAAAAAUUGAUCCGCUACUAUCAGCAAGAAUCCGCAAUGAUUCGCAAGAAGGCUAAAAAUGAUCCGCUACGAUCAGCAAGCAACGGCGAAGACGGCAAGAAUCCGCAAUGAUUCGCAAGAAGGCAAACAUUGAUCCGCGACUAUCAGCAAGAAUCCGCACUGAUUUGCAAGAAGGCUAAGAAAUGAUCCGCUACAAUCAGCAAGCAAAGCUACAAUGCAAAGCAACACUAGCAAAAGGGCACACAAGGAGCCCUGCAAUUCCCCGCGGGCUGCCCCGUAGGUCACAUACUGAAGUGGGAGAAGACUGCUGGCCAACUCGCUCGAGUUUAACUUUGCCUAAAUGAUAUUUAGCCACAUUAAUCCAACAUAAUUAUUCUUUUGAUUUAUUUUGGUCUUGGGUAAGAGACCAGACAAAGUACAUCAUGCACAACCCUUGGUCUUUGGUAUGAUGGGGCCAAAGGCAAUCACCACUCACUCACAUAUUAAAACUGGUUAUGGAAACAGUAAAUCACAACAGGAAGGCUCAUUAAUUUUCUUACCCCCAUAAUCCCAAUGAGGGCAGAAGGAUCUGAUUAUAAUGUUGAUGAUGAUGAUGAUGAUGAUGAUGAUGGUGGUGGUGGUGACGAUGAUUUUAGAGCAAAACAGCUUAAAUGCAAACAUUCCAAAAAACCAGCAAGUAUAAAGAAGUGUUCGUUUAUGCAGUUAAGCUACCCCUCCAAGUUUAUGACUACAUGACUCAUACCUUUGUACAACUUUUGGUAUGCAAGCCAUGGGAGAUAAAGUUUUAUGAUUACAGUGGCUCCAUGGGAGAGAGCCCAGAACCCCCAUGUGGACUACUCAAACUUAAUUCAUGGCUCAACCCAAAUUAGAUAAUUAUGUCAGACUUAUAGUUAUUAAUUCAAACGUCAAUCUUUUCGUGUACUUGAUUGAUGGUAUUAGGUUCAGUACAUGAAAAGUUCAAAGUGUGACCUGGGCCUUAAGCAAUCUAGCAACAACAAGACAAACUGUAUUUCUAAGCAAAUUUGUUUUUUUUUUUCUCUCCAGCCAAGACCAAUGGUCCAUUUGGAAGCCUGAGUGAAACUGUUCAGAGAUCAGCAGUGGAGGUGUUGUUUCACCUCCCAACACUGGAUGGAGAAUUGUUUAAAGUGAUGGUGACUUGUUGCCAAGGAGGUCAUGUCAGUGUCUCUGUCAUGAAGUACAUUCUUCAGGUGCUUCAUUACAGGUUUGUAAAGUCUUGAAUAGCCUAAGAAAACAGCCAAAAUUUGGUGACAUUACCACUGUUUUUAACAAUAAUAAAAAAUAAUGGCAAUCUUUAUACAGGGAGCUCAAUUCGCAACGAGUGAUAUUCAGUGAGGCCCUGUAUAGCGAAAGAAAAAUAUAUAGAUACAUUUGUAAAAGAAUACCUAAUAGUAAUAAUAAUAUAAGCUACAGGUUAAAAAUGUAAAAAAUUGAUACUUCGAGGCCAUUUAGAGAUCCAAAACACUUUCUCAAAGCUAAACUUAGAAGUCUGAAUCCUUACGUCUAAUUUAACAUUGAAGAAGAUGCAAUGCACAAACUCUUGUUAAUCAAGCAAAAACCUAAAUAAGUUGAUUGAUUUUGCUCAAUUUUGCUAUUUCUUAGAAAAAUAUAUCAUGUGAGGCAUCUACUAGACAAGAAGGUUUUAUCUGAGAGGGGUUGUCUAUUUAUGAUAAUAACAAUUUCAAAAUCUGAUUGGUACACUCUUACACUUCUCCUCAGGUCUCCUUGUUACCAUGGAUGUUUGUCUUCUCCAGCUGCAUUUUCCCUUCCAUUAUACCUUAGUGGCCUGCUAAGUAUAGCAAUAGGUAAGAUGAUAAGCCACAUGUAAGUGCUGCAAUGAGGAGGGCCUUUGGAAAUGUCCAAAGAGUUCCAAACAUCAGGAGCAAAGUUUAAAGUUGUCCAUUGUCCCCAUCUUUGAGUGAUAAAAGCUGUAUGGAUGUCUGCUUAUCUGCUAUUACAGUCAAACCUGGCUUCACGGACACCCACUCAAUACGGAGACCUCAUUAUUUACAGACAGUUUGCUUUGUCCCUGGGGAAGGAGAGGCCUUACAUUUUCUCUGAAUUCAACUCGCUUUUAAUAUUUAUUAAAAUACAGACACUUUCUAUGGUCAGCUCAGUGUCCGUAAUAACUGUGGGAGUUUGACAGUGUAUAGUUAUGACAAAAGCUAAAUCUUCUUUUUAAAUGGUUUGAAACAUUUCACAUUUUUGUUGAGCUAUUAGGGUUGGAGAAGUAAAACAUGGCCUAAAAUGUAGUUUUCCUAGCCAUCAGGUUUGGGUUUUUUUAACCCAUUUGUGAGCCUAAGCAAUGGGAUAUAAUUGCAAUUGUCCUAAAAUCAGUGUAAUAGCAUUUUACCAUUUAUUAACGAACUGAGUGACAUUGUGGGAAAAUUUGAUUUUGUUUACUUCUUAACAACGACAGUGUGAUAAACUCAUUUACCAUCAAACUACCUGAUAUCCUUGCAGUCGUGGUUGAUUUAGAUUUUAUUAGCUCUGGUUACCUUAAUAAUCCACCGUUAUGCCAUGGAAGAAUGUUUUACCCAAUUUUGCCCUAAUCUGUUGCUUCUCUCUCAACUUCCUGUAAUAAUAUAUUUUACUAUUCCUGGAUUACAGGUUUUUCUAGACAGCAGCUGAGAGAAUAUCAGGAUGCCAAGAUAGAAGAGAAGACCUUCCUCAAGCUUACUGAAUUGAAGUGGGUUUUUUUAUACAAUGUACUGUUUAAUUUAUAUUUUCCUUGUCCUUUAUGAGGCCUACACUUAUCUCCCCCCCCCCCCCAAUCCCCUAAAAGAACUAACAAAAGAUCAUACCACCUUCCUACAAUUCAAAUGCAGUUUAUGAAAAAUUAAGAAAAAAAUUAAAUUCCUUUCUUUUUUUCUUUUUCCAUUUACAAUAAAAGAAAAUUAUAUUCUUUUUUUAUGCUUAAACAAACCCGCUGAAAAAAAAGUAUUAUGAUAUUUCUGGGAUAAAAGUUUUUUCUGAAAGGGAGCGAGAAAAAAUCAAGGAUGCCAGAUGAUAAAAAAAACCCUCCUCCAACUUUAUUGAGUUGAGGGGGGUUUUUUUUUAAAUUGACUUUUUUAAUUUCUUUUUCCUUUUUCCUUAUGAGGCCCCCCCUUAGCUCCCCCCCCCCCCCGACUCCCAAAAAGAACUCUACAGAGUGCAUACAGCUCUUCUUCAAUUUAAAUGCUGGUUAUAGAAAAUUAUGUAAAAAUAUUAAUCUCUUUCUCUUUCUUCUUUUCCAUCUAUAAUAACAGAGAAUGUAGUUUUGUUAUCCUGGAAGAAAAAAAGCAGGUAAAAAUAGUGACUUACUAUAAUUAUUUUGUUAACAGGCCAGACCUUUCAAUUUUGUGUUCAAAAUAUGAAAGCUUGAUUAUUCCAGAGGUUCUUUUCCUUUAAUUUACAGACUGAGCAAAGUGGAAUAGAGCCACCUGAUCUUCUGCAGAGUGAUGAACAUACACUUGGAGAGGAACAUCAAAUUAUAUUGCAGGUACAUGUAGUUUUAUUUUCACAUCAGUUUCCUUCUGCUUUCUAAGACCCCAUCUACACAGUCCAGAUAAAUUUUUGAAUGGACAAAAACUUGCACGGAUCCAUCUUUUGUUUAAACGGACCCAUAGAACUGGGCGUCUUUUUGACCUGAUCAGAAGUUGGUCAAAAUUUUUAACCAGUUCAGUUCCACUUAGUUUAUGCAGACUCGUGUUCACACCUGAACAAUGCAAGUUUUUGCUCAGUUUUUGGAGCCUAGUCACAUGCAUGAUGAAGAAGUAAUUCCAAUGUUGACACCAACCACAAAAAUUUGUAUGGAUUCAUGUAAACACUACUUAAACAGAAUUUUACCGCUGUUGUGCAAACAGAUUGCACAGGUAAGAAAUUCCUCCGUUCAAAAAUUUGUCCAGACCCGUGUUAAACAGGGUCUAAAUUGCUGUAAUCAUGUCUACUUUGCAUCCAUUCAGGUAUAUUAUUAAUUUUCACCGACUUUCACUGACUCUUGUUGUCAAGUUUUUCACUCAAAUUUGUUACUUUUUUUUAGGCUGUUUGUGAAUGCUACAGACAAUGUAAACAGUCCAACCUUCUGUUACAGUACAUGACUUCACCAAUGGAGACAUUAAUGGUGAGAUUCCUUUGUAGAUGAAUAGGGACCUUAAGAUCCGAGGACGGCGACGGCAGAGAAAACGUCGCUGAAAAAGUGAAUUCGCGUUCUUUCAAUCUUCAUCGCGACUACUCCAAGUCACUAACUUUGUCAAAUGUAGGUUAACGCUCCCAAAGGUAAAUUCCUAAGAACCAUAUUCAAGUUCAGAAAGAGAGAGGAAAUUUCGUCGUUGCUUGUGUACUUCCUCUGUCAAUGUGAAAAUAGGCAUUUUCACGUCGUAGUCGUGCAGUGACGGCAAAGAAAUGAACAAGAAAGCGUGAUGCACGUGCAAAAUUGUUCUUUUGCUAAUUAAACCUAUUGCUUUUGUGGUGUUCCAGUUGCCGUCGCCGUCGGCGGAUCUUAAGGUCCCUAAUGUCUUUUCUAUGUAGGGCUAAAAGUGUAUUAUUUUGCAGAAUUGAAAUGUCUUGCUCGUUACGCCAGCUUUUUACUAUUUAUUCAACGAUGAUUUUCCACAAACACUGCUGAUUUAAAUGAGCAUUAUUUUUGCUUUCUUCAGGAAGAUUUCAAAGUUCUUCCAUUGUCAUCAGUGCACAGCCUUCUGUGUAUCAUUAAAUGGUCAGUGUCUUAACUUAAUCCACACUUAGGAUUUGUAAACCCAAAAAUGGUCUUUCCGUUUGCAGUGAAGUCAUCAAGUGUAACCGUACACAGUUUCUGUAGUACUGUUUAUUGUAAAUAUGCUGUUGAUAUGGCUCUAGCCUGCGAACGCAGAUAUCCUCAGGUCAUCGCUUCCCUCCACCCGAUAAAUUCCUGUUGGAAGUGACAACCAAAAAUACCUCUGCAUUCACAGGCUACAGUGGCUCAGACGCUAUAUGUAGAUGAGACUGGCAAAACUGCAGUUCAGUCUCCACACUUUUUAACCUGUGAAAACAGCCCUCUCUCUCUCUUCGCUACUUGAGCAAGGGGAGAUGGCUGUAUUUGCAGAACACAUACUUUUGUUUGCUUCUGUUUACAUGAAAAAACUGAUUUUAAAGUUUUUAAAGACAUUAUCUCUUACCAGUCUGUCACAUGUAGGGAGCAGAACAGCCUUACCAACAUUACCUUGUCUGUAUUGAACAAUAUUCUGCAUAGGGAUGUGCGACAGACAUUAAGAUGUGGCCAGUUAAGAGUGCGUUUUUCCUGUGCACACAUUGCUUUUAGGUUGUACUCUCAAGUUCGUUCUAACUUGAGAAACCCUUUUGCAUAAAGUGCUGAACUGUAACUAUCCAUUGAAGAUCCUUUUGAGACGCACUUUAGCUCGUUCACUCCUAAUACUUAAUAGUAUCCAAAGGAAAAAAAACACAACGACGCUUUCAUUUCUUUUGGUAAAAUCCUAAUAAUUAUUUUUAUAGUACUACGCAAAAGUUCUGCCUUUUUUUAAUUCGUGUGACGUUUCUUUGGAGUAAAAUUAGGGACUUUUCUUUCUUAUGACUUGAAAAAUUAACGUUUUGUUGUUUUCAUGCUUAGCUUAUUGGAACUAGCUGCAGAACCAGGAUCUACGAGCAGGAGUCACCUUUUGCCGGCGAAGAUGAUGUCAAAUCUUGCCCAACUUUGCCUGGUUUGUUUCCAGUACUGUACGACCCAUGGGUCAUGCACUGAGGGUCUUUCUGGGGAUUCUUCAACUUCGAAAAUACUGCUGUUUGAUGCAGUUGUGCAAUUGCUUCUCACCGAGCCGGAAAUAAUCAAAGAUAUGCUUUCACUUCUGCUGAAUAUCGUCUCUGGUAAGGGAGAACGAGUGAUAAGAGAACAACCGGGAGAUAAUAGGUUGAAUUCAGGGAACGUAUAGUCUGCUACACAACCGUUUUUAGAGUCGUCACGCAACGCUCCUCUAAAAACGGCUAUGUAGCAGACUAAGAAACGUAAGGCCUCUUAUCAUUCGAAGCAAAUUUUUCUUUCUUUUCAUUGGCCAAGAGCCCACCACGUGACCUGCAAAUAACUGCCUACAAAUAAUGGUCUGCUCAUGCGCUUCGGCCUUCGGCAAAUAAUUGAUCUGCUCGCCACAGACAAAUCACGAUAUUUUGCUCAACCUCGUCCAAUAAUUGUUAAUCAUUUGAGGAAAGAAUUUAUUCGAGUUAAUAUGUAUUGAAUAUUUCUUACAGAGAACUCUGAAGCUGUGAAGCAGAACAGUGGAGCCAUACUCACGAAGAUGUUAAGCUGUGACUUGAGAAAGAUCCUUCUUCGGUUCGCGGAUAUUGUGCACCAAAUUGUGCCCCGUAUCUUGGUAAGAGUUUCACCCCAGAACGCUUUCUUGAAACUAUCUUCAGCAUUUAGUAACUAUAGCGCGUUAUUUUAAUAAUCUAUAAUUACACUGAAUCAACUCAUUAGUCCGCCAUAACUUAAAUGUUUUGGCAGAAAAUAUUGACAUCAAAAUAACUUUGUCUAAGUGNAAGAUGUUAAGCUGUGACUUGAGAAAGAUCCUUCUUCGGUUCGCGGAUAUUGUGCACCAAAUUGUGCCCCGUAUCUUGGUAAGAGUUUCACCCCAGAACGCUUUCUUGAAACUAUCUUCAGCAUUUAGUAACUAUAGCGCGUUAUUUUAAUAAUCUAUAAUUACACUGAAUCAACUCAUUAGUCCGCCAUAACUUAAAUGUUUUGGCAGAAAAUAUUGACAUCAAAAUAACUUUGUCUAAGUGUCUUGACAUUUUUAAUAGAUUUCAACGUAGUUCACUUUUUGAAUUUUUAUUUAUUUGAUUGCUGGAGAAUCUGAUUUAUUGAUUAAGUGGCUGAUAAUUAUCGUAAAUUAUUUUUCAGUGCCCGGCCGAGCACCCUGUGUCCCAUCUGAGCCAAUGCCUUGCAGAUCUUCGUUACCAGUAUUCUUUAUUUAAAGUGGAAGCGGGUUUAAGUUAAAGCGCCACACAUCCAAAGUUUGAUGGAUUUCCACAUACGAGUUCUCGCGGAAAUGCGUAAAGUGCAAUCAAUGUUUACCGUGUUCUUGCGUCGUCUUCAAAUAUGCUGCAUUGACAUGGGAACUGUAAUAAAGGUUUCAAAUUUAAAA